AUGUCAGCACGACGCGUACAAACGCGCUCACGCCGUGUCGACGAUGCUCUAUCCCAACUUGUCGACUCUCUAUUACCAUCAAUCUCUCGCUCGGCGUUUGGCGACAGCGAGGAUGACGACAACGAAGAAGCCGCCGCAGCUGCCGAGGAGCGUCGCCUCCAAACUCGCCUCGACCGUGCAUGGAGGAUCUUAGAUGUCGUUGCGGCAGAAAAGGAAGAACAGAAACAAAAUGGUAGUAUAGAUGGAGGAGGAGCAGGAGGAGGAUUUGCAGCAGAAAAUAUCAACAAUGCCUCUGAUCUAAUUAAACGGAAAUUACUGCGCGAAAAUGCUAGUCCCGAUAAGGCGGUUCGGUUUUCGAAUUUGUAUUCUCGGCUGCUAACGCAGCCUGUGCUUGGUCAGAAAUGGGCUAUUCUAUAUCUACUAUAUCGAUUGUCGGAACGGGAUGGUCCUGGUGGUGGUGGUGGUGACGAUAAUGCCGAUGGGGAAGAUGCGGUGACAUAUGACCGAGGGCGCAGUCGAAGCCCAUUAAUGGACGAUGGCAAUUUGGACAAUCUGUUGUUUAAGUCUAGGAGAGGAGCCUUAGCUGAGGAUGUCGAUGAAGGUCCUGCUAUAAGCUCGUCUGUGUCACAACGCGGGGGAGCGCCGGAGCGACGGCGUUCAGUGCGAACCAUCGCAGGCGAUAAGCAGCGACGAAGUCAGCCAGUGAUUACAGAAGAAGCUCGAGAUAGCAGAGCUGCCUCUAAAGAGACUAUACCCCUGCAGCAACAAGCCACCCUUCCCCAGGCCGGGAAGACAGAAUCAUCUCUGCUACGUGACUUGCCCUACAUUCUUCAAGGUCUGUCAUCGACAAAUAUGGAAUUUUCCUCGUCUACAAUCCUGAAAUUGCCUACCGACUUACCCAUCCCGAUGAUAUCACUGUUGCACACCUUGGCCGAGCCAUGUCUACUAUACAAAGAGCUAUCCGGAUUUGUCGACAGUUCUGACGGUGGGCUUGUGAGUCAGGCUCUGAGAGCUGCUAUCUCCACUGAGCUGCGCUCUUAUUUGGGCCUGGUUGCGACCUUGGAAGGAGAGAUUCGACGAGCCUUGACGGCCGCGGCUAGUGAUGAUCCUAAGGGCGUAGUCAAGGGCGCCGUGACGCUUAAGCGAUGUGUAGUAUGGACUAGAGAUGCUACAAUGGCAUUGCGGCUGAUGAGUAUCAUGGUGGAAGAAGCUAGGGAUAAAAGGGGCGGCCAGCUCAUAUCUUUAAUACAUGGCUACUCGUCGUCACACGGCGACCCCUUUGUCGGCAACUUCGCAGAGAAAUUAUUGUCACACAUAACGCGCCCCUUUUACGAUAUGCUGCGGCAAUGGAUCUACGACGGCGAACUUUCUGAUCCCUAUAAGGAGUUCUUUGUCUUUGAGACGGAAUUUCGUCCUAGCGCGGAUCCUCGACGGAUUGCCUCGAGUGUAUGGGAAGACAAAUAUAAACUAGACGACGAAAUGAUUCCUUCGUUCAUAACUCAAGACUUUGCCAAGAAGGUCUUCCUCAUUGGCAAGUCUCUCAACUUCAUACGAUAUGGAUGUGGAGAUUCUGCUUGGGUGGAGGCAUAUUCAAAGGAGGCCUCCAAAGAACUUCGUUACGGCGACACUGCCAGAUUGGAGAUCUCCAUCGAUGAAGCUUACAAAACUACGAUGGCCCGGCUCAUUCAUUUAAUGGACACCAAAUUCAAGCUUUUUGAACACCUUCGAGCUCUGAAGAAAUACCUAUUACUUGGGCAAGGAGAUUUUAUUGCGCUACUUAUGGAAUCUCUUGCUUCGAACCUUGACCGGCCUGCGAACUCACAAUAUCGACAUACCCUUACAGCACAAUUGGAACACGCGAUUCGGUCAUCAAAUGCGCAAUUUGACUCUCCAGAUGUUCUGCGUCGUCUAGAUGCACGCAUGUUGGAGCUCAGCCAUGGAGAGAUUGGCUGGGACUGUUUCACGCUUGAAUAUAAGAUCGAUGCUCCCGUGGACGUGGUCAUUACUCCAUGGGGGUCAACGCAGUACCUCAAAGUGUUUAAUUUCUUGUGGCGAGUGAAGCGGGUCGAAUUUGCUUUGGAAAGUACCUGGCGAAGAUGCAUAACGGGAGCUCGAGGAGUUCUCGGCAGCGUGGAAGACAAAGUUGGGUCUGACUGGAAACGGGCGAGAUGCGUGAUUGCCGAGAUGAUUCAUUUUGUGUGUCAACUGCAGUACUACAUCUUGUUCGAGGUGAUUGAAGCUAGCUGGGACCAGCUACAAGCAGCCAUCUCCAAGCCUGGAUGUACAUUGGACGAUCUAAUAGAGGCACAUACGAAGUACCUCAAUUCUAUCACACACAAGGGUCUUUUAGGUUCGUCCAGUACGUCACGAACUUCAACAGCAGCAACAUCAUCGUCGUCUAAACAGCCGGAGGAGAGUUUCCUUAGCCAGCUACACCAGAUCCUCAAGAUUAUGCUUAACUACAAAGACGCCGUGGACGGAUUGUAUUCCUUUUCCGUGGCCGAAUUCACACGUCGCCAAGAAUUAAACGCCAAAAUCGAGACUCGCACAGCUCAUGGUCAAUGGGGAGUAACAGAGCGAGACCUGAAGACCUCAUCGCCUUUCCUCACUGGCCAGAGCCAAAACCCAGAUCUCUCCGCGGACGAUCACAUGCUUUCCUCCCUUCAAACUCGUCUGCGAGAUCUAGCCGUGGAUUUCCGUGCUCGCCUCAACAUUCUACUGGGCGAUUUGGCGUACCAACCGGAUGUCGACAUGCGGUUCUUGGGCGUGGUCAUGAAUUUCAAUGAUGUGUAUGAGCCCGUGCGCAGACGACGGGCAACAACUUCCGCUGGGUCCUCGUCGACUCGAGAUAAAGAGAAAGACAAUAAAGAUCGAAGAAGUCGUAGGAAUGCUGUACCGUCUAGUAGCGGUGCUGCUACGGGCAAUUAA